AUGAAAGAAGGAAAAUCUGCGAAGUUGAAUCACCAAGACAACCAUGAACAGAUUCACCACCAAAACAGUCACUUGGGCUCUUUCAAACUCGCCAAAUUGUUCGAUUCAGAAGCUUCCUGGGACAAGGAUCAAUUGGGAGAUGUGUUGCAUUGGAUCAGGCAAGUGGUUGGAUUGCUCUGCGGAUUGUUGUGGGGUGCGAUACCUUUGGUUGGUGGCAUUUGGCUACUUCUCUUUCUGGCGAUAUCCUCUGGCAUAGUAUAUGGUUACUACGCGUUGAUUCUAAAGAUCGAUGAAGAAGACUAUGGUGGUCAUGCGGCUUUGCUCCAGGACGGUCUAUUUGCUUCCCUAAGUUUAUUCCUGCUUGCGUGGAUUCUGGUGUAUAGCUUGUCUAGCUUUUGA